AUGGAGCAUGAGGCUGAGAAGGUCUCCUGGGAACCCUUCCAGGCCACUAUGCUUACCCAGAGCUGCUGUCAAAACUGCCUCCACCCUGAGGAGGCCCAUGGAGCAAGACACCAGGAGCUGGGGAGCCCUUCCAGCGUUGAGGCGYCCUACUGCGACCUGCCCCGCUGCCCGCCAGCCCCUGAGGACCCGCUCAGCGCCUCCACCUCCGAUUGCCAGGGGCCCAAGAGGGGCCUGUCCCUGWCAGCAGGGCUUCCUGAGGAGGACCCCACAGCUGCCCCCAGGAGCAGGCACCAGGAGCUGGAGGCAGUGCCCUAUCUGGAGGGCCUGGCCCCCUCCCCGAGUGGCAGCUGCUACGAGGACCCCAACUCUGACACCAGCUGCAGCCCUGGCACUUCCACCCAUGACACCAGCAGGUSGUCCUCUGUGGACUGCGACACUGUUGAGAGGUGGGCGGAAGUCCCCAGCCGGGACCUGCUCGCGAUGAUCCCGCAGAGGCCCCAGGAGGGGCAAAGAGCCGAAGGUGCCCGAAGGGCCACCAGGUCCCCUACAAGAGGAGACACUGCAGGCCAGAAAAAGGAUGAUUCGGGCGCUGGGAGCCGCUGUGCAGCACAGCACUGGGCCAAGCUCCGGGGAGAAGGCCGGUACUUCUCCUUGGAGCGACAGCACUCAGCCCCUGCCCAGGCUUCCUCUGCGACACCACAGCACAGACCUCACAGCGCCACCACCCGGGCCUCUGCUCAGGCUGCUUCUGCACAGCGCGAAGCCCCCCGGGCCUCCUCUCCCCACCGAGUCGCUCAGAAGGACAACCCUAGGCCCUCUUCCACCCAGCAGGACACCCCCAGGGCCUCCUUCACCCAGCGGAMUACCCAGGCGACKUCACUGCCYGCCAGAGUAAGCCCRCGGGCUAGCCCCGGAACCUCAUCCWCCCAAGGAAGCCGUCCUCAACCGUCCUCUCCCCUCAGAGCUGCCCUGGAAGACAACCUCGGAACCUCUACCCAACAGGACAGCCCACAAUCGUCUGUUCCCACUUCUCAGCGGGAGACCCCCAGGACAUCCUGUGCCCAGAGGGACAACCCCAGAGCCUCCUCCCCGAGCAGAGCCACCCAGCGGGACAACCCCAGAGCCUCCUCUUCCCAGCGGGACAACCCCAGAACCUCCUCUCCCAGCAGAACCACCCAGAGGGACACCCCCAGAACCUCCUGUGCUCAGCGGAACAACCCCAGAACUUCCUCCCCGAGCAGAGCCACCCAGCGGGACACCCCCAGAGCCUCCUGUGCUCAGCGGGACAACCCCAGAACUUCUCCCAACAAAGCCACCCAGAGGGACAACUCCAGAACUUCCUGUGCCCAACGGGACAAUCCCAGAGCUUCUUCUCCCAACAGAACCACCCAGAAGGAAAGCUCUAGAACCUUCUGUGCCCAAUGGGACACCCCCAGAACCUCCUCCCCCAGCAGAACCACCCAGCGGGACACCCCCAGARCCUCYUCCGUCCAACAGAACGCCCCCAGAACCUCUCCUGCCCAACAAGCCAACCCUAAAGCCUCCUGUACCAGGUGGGAGCGCCUCAGGAGCACCUGUACCCAGCGGGACUCCCCACACUCCUCCUUCGUUCAGCGGGACGGCCCUGGGACUCCCGGCUUUCAGACCAGUAUCCCAAAGGACAACCCUGGACCACCAUCUCCCUGCCGCUCCACCCAAAGAAACAGUCCCAGGAAUCCUUCUCCCCACCGCACCAACAGAGACAUCCCCUGGGCUUCCUUCCCACUCCGGCCCACUCAGAGUGACGGCCCCCGAUCCUCUUCUCCAUCCCGCUCCAAGCAAAGUGAGGUGCCCUGGGCAUCCGUGUCCCUCCGGCCCACCCAAGGUGACAGGCCUCAGACCUCCUCUCCCUCCAGACSGGCCCAGCGGGACCCACCCCAGACUUCUGCUGGCCCCUCCCAGCACACCUUGCCCUCGGGGGCCACCUCUUCUACCCACAAUCCUGGCCACCUCAGUGCCUGGCGCAUGUCCUCGCCUCUGUACCCUGGGGCCUGUGGGGCACCCCAGUUCUCUUCCGGGCCCUUCCAGCCAACGUGUGCCGUGUGCAUAGGACACCGCGAUGCCCCUCGAGCCUCUUCACCGCCCCGCUAUUUGCAGCACGACCCCUUCCCCUUCUUCCCAGACCCCCAAGCCUCUGAGAUCGAGUUGCCCCACCAUGACCCGCCCCACCUGCCACCAGCUGUAUGCAUUGGCCACCGCGAUGCACCCUGGGCAUCCUCGCCCCCUCGCCACGCCCAGUAUGACCCCUUCCCCUUCCUCCCAGACACAUCAGAUACCGAAAACGAAAACGAGCCCCCGCACCACGACCCUCCUCAGUUGCCCCCACCCGUGUGCAUUGGGCACCGGGAUGCGCCUCGGGCCUCCUCCCCGCCGCGCCAGUUCCCGGAGCCCUCCUUCCUGCUCCAGGAUUACCCCAGGGCCAGCACCGAGAGCCUCGUCCCUUCCACGGACUCUCUGCCCGARCCCCCGCACAGGCCCGCCCCCGUGUGCAUCGGGCAUCGAGAUGCCCCCUCCUUCUCCUCGCCGCCGCGCCAGGCCCCCGAGCCCUCCCUGUGCUUCCAGGACCCCCCCAGGGCUAGUAUGGAGAGUCUGGCCCCCUCCACCGACUCCCUGCGCGGCUCCCCCCUGCUGCCCCCACAAGUGUGCAUUGGCCACCGAGAUGCACCCCGAGCGUCCUCCCCUCCCCGACACCCGCCCAGCGACCUGGCGCUCCUAGCGCCUUCACCUCCGCCUGGCAGCUCAGGGGGCUCCCGGGGCUCGGCAGCCCCCUGGGAAACCAGGCACAAUUUGGAAAGGGAGGAGUACACCGUGCUGGCUGACCUGCCCCCGCCCAGGAGGCUGGCCCAGAGGGAGCCAGGAYCCCAGGCACAGGGCAGCGACGGGGGCCGCACCCGCAGCCCUGGCCGCGCAGAGGUGGAGCGCCUCUUCGGGCAGGAGCGCAGGAAGUCCGAGGCACCAGGGGCCUUCCAGGCUCAGGAUGAGGGAUGGUCGCAGCGGCCCAGCCAAGGUCAAAGCCAGCUUCACCGGAGACAUUCCAGCCCCAUCCCCAGCAGGCAGGUGACCAAGCUCCCUGCCAAGCAGCCAGAACCAGCCGCCCGUCGGAGCAGAGCAGAGGCCCCUGGGUCCAGGAGUCUUGAGAGGCGACUCCAGGCCCCCUCAGCGCCCUCCAGGACAUCAGCCAGACCCCCUGAGAGGGAGCCGCGGACUGAGAGACCUGCUAAAGGAAGCCGAGCCRUCUCCCCGCAGCCUCUGAGGGGGUGGCAGAGUCAGGAGGAGCUUACGGGGUCCCAGGGCUCUCACAGACACUCGGAAAGAAGUUGGAGCCACCACGAGAAAGGCCCAGGGCCUGAGGGCUGGCCAGGACUUGGGGAGCCCAGCCCGGGGGCUGCCAGAAGCCUGGAGGGAACAUGGAGGGGCCUUCCCAGGGAGUACAGGGACGGCUGGGGGCAGUCAGAGGCCUGGAAGGAGGAGCCCCCCAGUAAUGGGCUUCAGGACCCCUUCCAGGAGCCGGCCCAGGGGGGCUGGGGCAGCCUGCAGGAGCUGUCCAGUCCCCAGCAGCCUGUGACUCCCCCAGAGAGUUCCUGGGCAGGYCCCGAAGACUUCUCACACCCUCCGCAGCCAGAGACACCCACUGCCCUGGGCUGGAGCGGAGAGGGAGCAUGCCCACACCUUCCCGGCCCCGAGAAGCCACCUGACCUCGACUGGAGGGACUUGCUGGGCCUCCUCCGGGCACCUGGGGAGGGGGCCUGGGCCCGACUCCCAAGGCUGGACUGGGAAGGUCUCCUGGAGCUCUUGCAGGCCCGGCUGCCCCACAGGGACGCAGCCAGACACRGGGGUGACCCUGCCAGGACUUCAGGACCAGAGCUGGUCCCCCCGGGCACAAAAGAUGCCCCAGAGCCAGAGCGACACAGCCAACCCAAAGACUGGAUGGAGGCCACUCGAGUGAAUGGACAUAUCCCCGGCCAGCGGCCCCAGAGCCCAGCCCAGCCACCUUGCCCUGCCUGCACCUCCACCUCCACCCAGUGGCCAAAGACCAAGGUGACAAGUGACCUAGAGACCUCAACUCUGGAGCAGAUAGGCCACCUGGGGAGCAGCAGCCCCCCAGUGCUGGAGUUCCAACCAGAGGAGCGUGAGGCGUCAGAACCAGGCAAAGGCCAAGACUUACUGACUGACCAGAAGCAGGCAGACCCGGCAGACAAGAGGCCAGCAGAGGGCAAGGCUGGGAGCCCACUCAAGGGCCGACUGGUGACCUCAUGGCGGAUGCCCGGGGACCGACCCACGCUGUUCAAUCCGUUCCUGCUGUCUCUGGGGGUCCUCAGGUGGCAAAGGCCCGACCUGCUCAACUUCAAGAAGGGAUGGAUGUCGAUCUUGGAUGAGCCUGGAGAGUGGAGGAAGCACUGGUUCGUGUUGACAGAUUCAAGCCUCAAGUAUUACAGAGACUCCACAGCGGAAGAGGCAGAUGAGCUGGACGGCGAGAUCGACCUGCGCUCCUGCACGGACGUCACCGAGUACGCGGUGCAGCGCAACUAUGGCUUCCAGAUCCAUACCAAGGAUGCUGUCUAUACCUUGUCGGCCAUGACCUCAGGUAUCCGGCGGAACUGGAUCGAGGCUCUGAGAAAGACUGUGCGUCCAACUUCAGCGCCAGAUGUCACCAAGUAAGUGCUGG